GGGUCAGUCGGCGGGCGGCGGGCGGCGGGGUCGGUGGGGCUCGGGUCGCGGGGCGGUGGGGCUCGGGUCGCGGUGAGCUGUGUGGACUCCGCGCUUUGUGUUGUGUGUGCGGUGUGCCAAUCUGAAUAUCUGUGCCAGAAGACACCAGUACUGGAUCAGGUUCCCUCCGACCGACAGACAGCCCUCUGAGCCCGCCUGACGUCAGUGGCCGUGGGUGUUGGCUGGUCUUUGACCCUGAGUGUGCUCAGAGCCGUGUCGGGUCACUGAGAGGAUCGCCAUUAGUCAGUGACAUCCGGAUAUAAAUACCGACCGGGGUGAUGCCGAUGUCCCCAGUGUCAUCUUAGCAGCGCGGCGCUACAAGACACGGCGAUAUUUACCAAACAAAGCCUGUCGACCAUGUCGGAGGACGAGGUGGUGCGCACGCUGGGAGGUAUCGGUCGCUGGCAGGUGCGGCAGUCGGUGCUGCUCUCGCUGUCAGGAGUGCUCUGCGCUUGGCAGAUCCUGUCGGUGGUGUUCCUGGCGCCGGCCACCGAGCACUGGUGCGCGCCGCCCCCGGGGCACCACUGCGCCGACACCAGCAGCACCAGUGGUGACACCCGCUGCACCCCGCGCCAGUGGCGAGCCCUCGGAGUGCCGCACGAACUCAGGGACGGUGAAAGAGUCAAGUCCCAGUGUCUGGUGUUCUCCCAGCCCAUAGACGCCAUAGUUCCAGAUACCAACGCCACGAUGUCCUGCAGUACUUGGCAGUACGACACUACCGAGUACACCAGCACUCUCGUGAUUGAGUUUGACCUGGUCUGCGACCGUAAAUGGCUCCAGAUGAUUGUGAAGGGCAUCUACAUGGUGGGCAUCAUGUUCGGCGUCAUGACCUGGGGAAUAAUUGCCGACAGGUACGGCCGGCGGCCGGCCCUGCUGCUUUGUUUAGCGCUCAACUGCCUCAGUUCGCUGGUCACCAUGGCCUCUACCACCGUCCAGAUGUUCCUUCUGCUCAGGUUCCUCACCGCAUUUUUCGGAAUCGGCAUGUACACCACCGGCUUCGUCAUGUCCAUGGAGCUGGUCGGUGAGCAGUGGCGCGCGCUGCUCGGCAUCACCUACUGCCUGCCCGUGUCGUGCGGCUUCAUCACCAUGGGCGGCAUGGCCUACCUGGUGCGCGACUGGCGCCUGCUGCAGCUGGCCCUCUCGCUGCCCGGACUGCUGUUUGUGUCCUUCUACUGGCUUGUCCCCGAGUCCCCGCGCUGGCUGCUGUCCAAAGGCAGGGUUUCUGAGGCUAGAGACAUAUUGGAACAAAUAUGUAAAUUCAACAAAAUGGAGCCUCUGGAGAAAUUGCCUGAACUUGAGCCUCCGUCUGAGAAAGGUACUCCAUCGACUGAGAACUUUCUGGAUGUGUUCCGUGCGGGGAAGACGGCUGCUCUGUUCCUGUGCCUGUUUUUCUGCUGGCUCGUGAACAGCAUGGUGUUCUACGGGAUCGUGCUGAACGCCGGCGACUUCGGAGGCAACAUGUACCUGAACGCCACCCUCGGAGGUGUGGUGGAGGUCCCUGCCCUGCUCAGCUGCGCCUACGCCAUCUAUCGCCUGGGUCGGCGAGCGCCCAUCAGUAUCAACAUGCUGGGCGCUGGCGUCGCCUGCCUACUCACUCUGGCCUGCACCAAGGGCGCGUUUCCCCACGACUGGCCGAUGGUGUGUCUGGCGAUGAUGGGCCGUUUCUGCAUCACUGCUUCCUUCUCGACCAUCUACAUCUACACGGCCGAGCUGUUUCCGACCUCUGUGCGCAACACGUGCCUGGCGGCCUGCUCUGUGGGCUCCCGGGUCGGCGGCAUCCUGGCGCCCCUGCUCGACCUACUGAAGGAGGCGAUCCACCCGACGGUGCCGGUGGUGGUGUUCGGCCUCACCGCCAUCCUGUCCGGCGCCAGUGUGCUGCUGCUACCAGAGACCGCCGGCAGACCGCUGCCAGAGGUGCUGGCAGACGUCAGCAAGGGCAGGCGGCGCAAGCAGACCGGGGAUGAAAUAGAAGAAAAGACAACGGAUGAGCUGCUGCCAGCGCCUGUCGUGGUGUAAACAACACUCCGAGCCUCCAGUUCGGAGCGACGACACUGAUCUGACCAGCACGGAUGCCAGAGUCUUUGUGUCGGCCAUCGUCACACACUGGUCACGGCGUCUCAUCGUCUGCGGUGAUGUCAAAGGCUACCGCCUUGUCUCAACUGACCACACAAACUGACCGCUGUGGACGACAACGGAACGAUUCAGCAUUGAAACUGCUUCGACGUUAUACCACUUACCAAUGUCCCUAGAGACGAGAGAAAACUCCAGAGACAGUCAUGGUCCGCCCAGCCCUUAUCAUGUUGCCACUCAGAGGCAGCAUUCUCUAACAAAGAGGAGGGUGUCAGCUGAACAAGAUACCUACUCCAGCUGGAUAAUUGUGCGUUGAUGGGUGGGGUCUCUCUUCAAAGACCAAUCAGGUGGAUGUGUGCCUCGGGGGUGUAGAGUCCUGUAUCAGAGCGUGGGUGACCCGUUUCACCAGAUGUUUGUGUCCUCUAAGCCGUCCCCAGUGAAGUCUUCCAUUUCCAACCCGGUGUGAAAAAGUUCUGUUCUCCAAACGCGGUUAAUGGUUAUUGAUUGAAAUAAGGCAAAAGAGAAAAAAUGAAUAUGGCAUUCUCCGGAAUGCUGAUUACUUAUAUCAUAUUACAAGGAAAAAAAACUUGCGAAACUGAACAUCGUCGCUAUGGUGUGUUUUAAUCUGAUUUUCCAUGUCUCCUUUUUCUAUUUUACACCUUUCUAUGCUCAAUUGUAACGAAUCUUGUGUGUAAUCAUGACUGUUCCUUCUCAUCGUUCAAGUCGUUCAUUGUGCAAAAAUGUAAGUUAGUCGCUCGUUGAAAAUGAACGGUUGAAAUAUGAGCUUCAGUUUUCUACAGCGGCUACACUAUCAUCACAUGAGAUGGUAAACAACCGUCCAUCUAAAAAAAAUGCCUUCCAAUAGCUGUCGUUCUCAUGUGUGAAACGUGUUUAUGCACGUGUAUUUCAACUUUCAUUCUGAUAGCGCAAUAAAAAGGAGUUUCGUCGUGUGGUCACUAGUCAUCCAGAAUUAGCAGAUGUCCUAUGUUGCGCUGGUUGCCACUCAAUCGACGCCUGUAACGACGCCUGUAACGUUCGGAAACGUUUCCCUCUUUACUCAGUGCUCACUGCUUGUCACCCAAGUGGAGCGAAGGAUAAAAUCACGUCAUGCAUGCCAGUAUUACCCCAAACUUGACCCAAACACCCUCAAAUGGCCAGGCAAUAGUCGCUGAUUUCUGUAAAUGAUUGUUAUAUCGUUUAGUGUUACUUAUCGUGUACACCAUGUAUUCAUUGACACAUUUUUGUCGACUGUAAAUAUGCGCCUGUGUAUGUUUGUAGCACCGAGCAGUAUGACGCUGCAUUGUAGCGUGUGAACUUCGACCACUAGUGCGCUGUAUUUGCUGCAGUAGUUUAUUACCUUAGCAGUGGUCAUCUGGCUAGUUCGGGACCUUUCCUGGCCUACGUUGUAAAAAGGUACCGUGUAUCUUCUUACGACCUGUGUUGUAUGUUAUCUGAUGUAUUAUUUCUACUUUUGCUGUAGCAUCUGUAUGUCAUGUAGUGCUUUGUACUUCAUAAUAAACCAGCACACAAGUCGUGUGAA